AUGCCAGAGACAGUGGUAGAAGAGGCAUGCACUUCGCCUUCCACUGUACGUAGUGUUACGGACGGCAUAACUGCACUAUUACAGCCCGUUGUUGAUGCCGGGAGAGUUGCACAGAGCGUUGUUGCACAGCAGCAACGACUUCAUCAAAAAAUUGAGGCGUUGAAUGAGGAGCUAGAGAAGGCCCGAAUGCAUUUUAAUGCUCUCAACGACGUUCAUCGCCGCAAAUUAGGCCUUUACAGCGCCAAAAUUGCACGAUGUCGUGCGAACGUGGCAGUUUUGCUUCGACAACUCUCAGAAAUAAAGGAACGACUUUUGCGUGUGCAUAGUGUACUUUUGCAGCGGAAGUUAAAGCAUCCGGCUGAAAAUGCGGCACUGAAGGAAGAGUUGCCCCCUACUGCCUUUGCGCAGGAUAAUGUGGCCGUGACUGUUUUUGCCACUGAAGAAGUGGAGUCUUCUACGUGGCACAGCAAGCAACCCGAGGAGGUGUAG